AUGGUGAAGGUCAUUCGCUCCCUCGCGGACAAGCACCCAGGCGGAAUCGGCACCGCGUACCUCCAGACGGAGCAGGGGCCCGUGGAGGUGCCAGAGGCGGGCGCGAAGAAGCUCCGUGAGCUGCUGCAGUCCGCGCAAGCGAACCUCCCGGCCAACUUCCAGAACCUGGUGGACCUGCUGCCGUCGGUGGACCUCAGCGGCCCGUCGUGCAACACGAUGUUCGACGGCGCGGAGUGCCUCCCGUCGGCGGCCAAGGUCUUCGAGACCAAGGGCGCCGCGGACGCCUCGCCGACGGACAGCACGGGGAUCUACAUCAGCCAGGCGCUGACGGACCUCACGCUGAUCGAGGCGGUGUGCGACCAGGUCGGCAAGCUCGACCGCGACGCGGGGACCACCUCGCUGUGCGACGAGUUCCAGGCCGCGGGCCUGUGCCGCCGCGUGCGCGGGAACGACCCGCUCGUCGGCGGCGACUACGCCAACCUGGGCGGCUACGACUACAACGAGACGCUCCACCGGCAGGCGUUCGAGGAGGCCAACCGCACGCUGCCGGACGACCCCACCAUCGUCGCCUUCCGCCUGCGGUUCGAGAUGGAGCGCGAGCCCGUGUGCCAGGACCUCCAGGACCAAGGCCAGUGCCCCUUCACGGCCGUGAAGACCAAGGUGGAGCGCAAGCGCGACCACAGCGCGAUGGCUGGGUGGAAGUACGUGCCCUCGUGGGCCGUCAAGCCCCGCUUCUGCACCUGCCGCGUCGAGGGCGAGAACGGCAUGCCAGACAAGUUCUACUCGGGCAAGGACGAGGUCGCCGUUCAGUCGUGCGACCAGAUCAUGCUCACGAAGGACGGCUUCCAGUGGAACGGCGACUACCACCUGCGCGGGUGCUCCAUCAAGCACAAGCCCGCCAUGGGGUCCGGCUCCGGCAUGGGCUCGGGCUCCGGCUCCGGCAUGGGCUCGGGCUCCGGCAUGGGCUCCGGCUCCGGCAUGGGCUCGGGCUCCGGCAUGGGCUGCUCCGGGCGGCUGCAGCCGGGCUCGGGCUCCGGCAUGGGCUCCGGCUCCGGCAUGGGCUCUGGAUCUUCGUCGAUGGACAACUGGAUGAUGGCCGAGGCGGACUGCUUCUGCGACGACCUGUGCGAGGUGGAGAUCGAGGAGGACUGGUUCGUGGACUUCGUCCCGGACACUCCCGAGACCAUCUGCCGGGAGCGCGAGGAGCCCUUCCUGCGCGUCGUCAAGGCCAAGGACUCGGACAGGCUGGUGCCCAUCGUCCCGGAGGGGUCGGUCGGGCCCAGCGACUGCGUGUGCAGCAACCCGACCGACCCGUCGGCGCCGCUGCUCACCCCCAAGCAGAUGCUGGAGAUCGAGAGCUGCGGCGGCUUCCGCGUGCCCUUCAUGUACGGGGAGCCGAUGUUCGGCGACGGCGUUGCCACGAUGUGCAACGUCACGAUCCCCACGCCGGGGACGCCGACGAACAUGACCAAGUACAGCGGCUACGAGUGCCGCUGCAACGGCCUCUGCGGCGUGGAGUACAUCGACUCGGCGGUGAAGAUGCCCAUCGUCACGCUCCCAGACAUCACCCCCGCGGCGUCAACGAUGCCUGCGGGCACGCCCCCUAACGCGACGGUGGCCCCGUCGUCGCGACGAACCCUGACGCACGCCCACCCCGACGGGACGGCGGCGGGCGGCAACAUGUGCCCCUGCGCUUGCUCGGGUGGUGGUGGCUCCGGCAUGGGCGGCGGCUCCGGCAUGGGCGGCCGCAUGGCCCAGGCCCCGGCUCCGGUGUGGCUUGCCCGCAUGGGCUCCGGCUCCGGCAUGGGCGGCUCCGGCAUGGGCUCCGGCUCCGGCAUGGGCGGCUCCGGCAUGGGCUCGGGCUCCGGCAUGGGUGGCGGUGGGCAGUGCAUGUGCCCCUGCGCGGAUCAGGGCGAGCCCGAGAAGUACACCUGGUGGCUGCGCCCCCCGAACGCCGCCGAGAAGUGCGCCGCGACGGGGUUCCCCGUCAUCGCUGUCGGCCAGGAGGAGGGUGUCUCUUUCGCCGUGUGGGACUGGGAGAACCCGCCCAAGGACUGCACCUGCACCCCGGGCUCGACCACGCCCUUCACCGACGUCUUUUUGGCGAGCUUCGGCACCAACGUGAACAUUUCGACGGACGGCGUGCGUCCGAAUGGCGACCUGUCGUUCGAGGCCCAGUUCCAGGGCGACAGCACACAGGGCCAGAAGCUGGAGGGGCGCUGCAUGUGCAAGGGCAUCUGCGCCGCCGCCAUCGACGAGGGCAUCCUGACCGGCCCGCGCUCGAGUGACGGCGCGAUCGUCGAGUUCCCGCGCGGCCCCAUCCAGGAGUGCCUGCUCAAGGACGAGCCCGUGGUGACGCUCAAGCGCAUGAUGCCGCCCAACCAGACGGAGUUCGUCUACAUGUACGAGCCCGUCGACGAGCCCGCGCCGAGCAAGCGCCCCAUGUGCAAGUGCAUGCAGCCCCCGGGCUUCAUGUUCCCGCCCGCGGUGCAGAACCUCAUCACGCCGUCGAACCAGCCCAACGUCCGCCAGAAGGACCCGGACGCGCCGUGCAUGCUCAACGUCACCACUGACGGCCAGAGCUUCAACGGCGACCUCACGGCCAAGUGCGAGAUGGUGGCCGAGAUCCGGGUGCCUGGCCCGUCGGCACCAGGCAGCCCGGGCAUGUCGCCCGGCGGCAUGUCGCCCGGCGGCAUGGCCGGCUCUGGCGACGACUCGAUGGUCUUCCCGAUCGGCGAGUACGACUGCACGUGCGACUUCUGCGCCAUCGACUUCCCCCAGCAGUGGUUCCCCAACGAGCCCGUCGUGGCCACGGGCGGGCCCGGGGGCGCCCGCGGGCUGUACGUCAGGCCGCCCACGCCCCCCGAGAAGUGCGAGGAGGACGACAAGACUUACGUCAGGCUGGCCUACCUGCAGGGCAAGAUGAGCGACAUCGGCUCCGACCCGCGCAACGGGACCACGUUCCCCCCGAUCAGCGAGGACGCCCCCGACAACUGCACGUGUACCGCGAGCGUGCCGGGAUCCUCCAGCCCCGUCGUCCUGCGCAGGGACGAGUUCCUGUUCUUCAAGUGCUUCGACCUGCAGCUGACCCUCGACAACGUCGCCCUGAACAACGACCUGCUGGCCGACUGCUACAUCCGGGACAUCCGCGACCUGCAGAACAUCGUCAUCAGGCUGAUGCAGACCGCGACUGGACCCGGCAUGGGCCCGGGUGCGCCCGGAAUGGGCCCGGCCGGCCCCAAUGGCGGGGACAUGGACCGCUACGGCUCCUUCCCUGGCCCUGUCAAGGGACCCUUCGUCAAUUCGAAGAUCGUCUGGCUGAACUACCCCGGGGUGCCCAAGGGCCAGGGUCCCCCCCCCAUGAUGACCAACUGGAAGCCCCGGCAGCGCCCCGACAUGCGCGUGCGGCGCGAGGGUGAACAGGAUCCCGGCAUGGGCUCGGGCUCCGGCAUGGGCUCGGGCUCCGGCAUGGGCUCGGGCUCCGGCAUGGGCUCGGGUUCCGGCAUGGGCCUGCUCCGUAUGGGCCUGCUCCGGCAUGGCCCUGGCGCUUGA